AUGGAUGAUCCCGAAGUGAGCAAGGCAUUCUUUAGAGCCUUCAGCAGCAUUGAUCACGGCCGCUCAGCACCAAUUGAGCCGAUUCCCCUCCAGGCACAAGACAUCUUCCCAGGUAUCGGAGAAUCCUCCGCCGCUGGCGACAGCAGAGGUGAAUAUUUGCACAUUUCUCAAGGUCAAGGAGGACUGUUCAAAUUGCCUCUGCAAUACACCAGUCUCACCGGAAAAGUGACCCAAGACAUCAAGGCAGUUGGAACCACAUGCUGCUACACCUGCGUCGGAGUCUAUGUUCCUGUCAGCGACACGCACUUCUUCGCGGCACAUAUUGAUGCCCACAAUUUUGAACGACCGAAGCUCGAGCUUAUAGAACCGUGCAUGGACGCUCUUUGGGUCCUGAAUGAUGAAGAAUCUGGGGGCAACCUGACUGAGCGCGUCAAAGAUAUGCUGCGCGAGGAAUUCCGCGAGUUUUUCAGGAAUCAUCCAACAUGUUCCGAGGGGAACUUUCAUGCACAGACGGAGAAGGCUGCGAUCAUCAUUUGCCCAGAUAAUGUGAUUCGAGGCGUGAAAAUGACAGGCGCUUGGGUCAUCGAAGCGAUCUGCGAAUUCUUUGGACUGCACUACAAUGUCAACGAGGACUCACAUGGCUUCAUCAAGCCACUAGGCGAUCGGAUUCUGGUUCCCGGCGCAAUGUACUUGAAGUGGCCGCGACAAGAUUACAGCAAGCCGAUGGCACCAGUGAAUGCCAACGCUGAUCAGACCAAUGAAGACGGCAUUUCAGAUGAGGAUGGCGAGGCAGACAACGAUGGAAUGGCAGACAACGAUGGCGAGGCAAAUGAUAAUGGCAAGGCAAACAACGAGGCGAAAGACAAAAGGAAAGCAAAGGUGUACGACAAUUGGUACGUCGACAGAACAUUUAAACAUGAGGAACCUCACGAACACAACAUCUAUUCUGUCCACGGCAGGCCAUGGACGCUGAGAUCAGAAGGCAAACAGUGGCUACGCAUGAAGUCGUAUGCGCAGUUGACGGAAAUGCCUUUCAACGGGGUCGAAUAG